AUGGAUUUCCCUCGGGACAUGACCCGGAUGGAACUUGAAAACCCCCGUCUCUCCCCUUCCCCGGAGCUAGAGGAGCUCUUCCACCAGGUCUUCGACUGGCAAGCCUACUCCGGGGACGCUAAGACAUCUGAUCCCUCUUCCCAUCACCACCUCCGCAAGCAAUCCCUUAGCAGGAUCAUCACCGACAUCCCAUCCUUCAUUAGAGACCUUACUCUUGAGUCCGAUAGGGAUUUCUUCGACAUGCCUUCGUACUCGUCUGACGAUGGACUCACGUCUGACUACUCGGCCGGCCAGACUCCCCCGGACCUGGUCCAGGGUGGCAGCACGUCGCCCUCCGACCACUCGGGGUCGUCUCCCUUCCUUGAGCCACUAGACGAUGGCCACUACCACCCGGAGGCUUCCCUUAGGGAGGUUCAAGCUCAGGACGAUGAGUGGACCUACCCGCAGACGGACUCUUCCAAGGGCAUGGUCCAGGGUUACCCCCAUCACCUUCAAGGCCUAGAUGAUCGCCUCAAAAGGGCCGUCGACCAGUCCUCAAAGCUGAAGCGUCGACGAUCUGGCAAUGACCUAGAGAAGAGACCACGGCAGUUGGUUGACCCCGGCCAGACGGCAGACGUCCGCAAGAGUGGAGCCUGCCUGCCAUGCCGUGUGUCUAAGACCCGAUGCCAUGAUAGUGGAGUCUGCCCAACGUGCAGGAAGGCGUUCCCAGACCAUUCUCACCUGGCCUGCACUCGCGCCACACCAUCCACGUUUUGGCCCGUAAUGGGCAAGAUCCCCGAUGUUUGGUCCACCAAUCCCAAGGACGAGGAGCAACUUUGCUCCGGCCCACGGUUUUACACUGGAAAGCCCCGAGAGAUCUCGGUCUUUUUCACCCCGGACACCAGCCUGCCGGCUCUGCGCGCCACGGUCCAGGCCUACCGGUCGCAGGGGGGCUCUGAGGAGACGGGCAGCCUGACAAAGGCCGACUUCCCUCGGGACUGCGUUCCGAGCCACCAGCUUCUGCAGAGAUGGGUUGAGAACCAGAUCCAGACUGAGCAGAAGUCCGACUUCCAGCAAGCAGUCCAGAGCUUCGUGCUUGCAUACUCGGAAGAGGGCUGGGGACUUCCCAAGCAUGACCUCGUCAACAAAGUCCACAGGAUGAACUGCUUCUUCCGCAUCUGGAAAGCAAGAUCGUUCUGGUGCCUGGACCCAACCAACAAGCUCACAACUCUCCCGCUGUCUGUCCAGGCUCAACUGAGGAACAUUGCCCGACGAGCAAUUUACUCGCUGGAGCAUGACAUUCUCAAGGAGAUGGACGAGUGCAUUGCGCAGCAACUCCCAACAAAGACGCAGGACAGAAUCGCCAUCUGGGCGAGCAUGUGGCUGCUCAUUCUCAUGUACCGAGAGCUCCUGCAGGUACUGACAAGCUUGCUAGUUGCCAUUCAGGGACAACUCUAUAAGCGUCUCGCGGACAGCUUCUUCCCACUCUUGGUGGUGUUUUACCACUACCAGUUCCGAACAAAGAAAAGCUUGGAGCUGUCGCUGGACUGGCUCAAGUCUCCAACUUACCCUGCUGCGGCAUGCCAUAGCAGAGCGAUCCGCGAGGCUGCCCAGCAACUUCUCGACUCUCGCAAAGAACACUAUCAGAAACUGCAGUCUUCAAAGAGCGAGAUUGAUCAGCUGCUGUGCGUCUUCGUGGUGAACCACGAGCUGAAGAAGAUGAAUGCUAGGAAGCGCCCUUCCAAAGCUAAAGGCUCAAAGCACGCAGUCGAGGACGAUUGUGAUGAUGAUGCCGAGUAG